CUUUUGGUGUUCUAAUGUGGGAAGUGUUCUCCAAUGGGAAGACCCCAUAUAUGGGGAUGACAAACAUAAAAGCAAGGCUAUGGAUAGAAGAAGGCAACAGAAUGGCGGCUCCCCCAGGAACACCAGCGGCAGUAUAUACUUUGAUGUUGGAGUGUUGGGAGUAUCUUGAUGAGAACAGACCCCACUUCAGUACAAUCCACAAGACGUUGAAGGAUAUAGCAAAGACACUUUAA